AUGGUCCUAAGUGCCGUUGGCGAUGUCAAUCACUCGGAGCUAUCGAAGCUCGCUGAAAAGCAUUUUGGUGAUCUUUCGGAUGAUUAUACCGGAGUGCCCCCCGAUGUCAAAGGAAUUCGUUUCACUGGCAGCGAAUUUUUAUAUCGCAAUGACUGUUUACCAUUUAUGUACGGAGCACUGGCUGUUGAAGGAGUGGGCUACAAUCAUCCAGAUGCAAUCGCUCUGAAAGUUGCAAGCUCGGUAAGCCAAGAAAUUGUUCUAUUUCUUUUACAUACUCUUUACCUCAGCUCCCCCCUUCCCCCCUUCCCUUCCCCCACUUUUUAUGCGUUUUGUGCUGUGUAA